AUGGACUCGACUAUUAAUAAUAGUGAUGAUAUUCCAUCGAAGAAAGAUGAAUCAUCAUCGACAAUACAAAUUAAUCCUCCUUCGAUCAUGACAUCUAUUACUUCAUUUAAACCUGUUGAUGAUAAUGAAGAAAAUAUACUUGACACAACAAACAUUCAGAGAACACGUUUGGAAUCGAAUGAUCGUGAUACCUCACUAUCCGAGAAGUCUUCGGAUCAACUUAAUUUACCAAAAAUGUCAGCAAAUGUUCACAUGGACGAACGCGCAGUUGCAGCAUGGGUACAAUCAACAACAGCUGAAACUGUCUCGUCUCCGAUUGAACGUUCGCCAUCGUUACCUGCAUCCAUGCUGGAACAAAUAUCAACGCGUAGCCGACGGAAUUCGACUGUUUCGACCUUAUGUGAUCAAACACAAUCGCAACUAGCGCAAACGGCAGUUUUCUCAGAUACAAUGUCAUCGACAGUAUCAUAUAAUUUAUCUACUACUAUGGAUAUUCAACGAAGUUUUUCAUUUCCAACUGUUGAUCAACAUCAAUAUUCGAAUUUAGACAACGAGCAGAAUCAAUUCAUUUCGGAAGAAAACGAAGACGAUAUUACGACACAAUUCUUACCUGUGCCAGAAUCUGAAGAUUCCGAAAUCGAUAAACAAUCAGAAAAACCACUUGUAUCAGAAAAUGCAUUUCUAUCGAAUAAACAUUCGUCUACUGGAGAAGAAAGAAAAAUCUCGUCAAAUGUUUCUUUUCAUGCGUCUGUUUCAUUCGAUCCUCGCCGUAAAUCAUUGCAUGUUCAACGACGUCGAAAUAAUUCUUGGAAUACAAACAAAAACAAACCUGUGUCUUAUCAACGUUCAGUAUCACAUAAACCAGCAUUAGUGGAUCCUCGGGUUAAUCAAAAACAGUACUUUACUUCGUCGUCAGUGCCGUCUGGAAUUCAAUCAUUUCUAAGUCAUAGAACAAAUCAAUCGUCAAGCUAUUCUGAUAAUGUUUUUCUCUCCACAUCGGCGAUCAGUUCACCUUUGUCGCUGCAUCAUGCGAAUUUGGUAAAUCACAUACCAGUGGAUUCACGAUUUUUAGCCAUACCAUCAUCUACAUCGAUGAUUUCGUCGGAUCAACAAGCAUCGAAUGUGUCCGACGCGUCUGGCCAAAGUGGUAUUGAAUCAUCAAAUUUACGAACAAGUAUAUCUGAACUGCCACAUACAGCAAGUAUCAAUGAGGAAGAAGAGGAAGAGCAACAACAUCAAGGAUCUAGAGCAAAAGCUGAAAAGAACCUAUUGCAUUUACAGCCGAAACGUUCCAGUUCGGGCUCGUCGAGAUCAACACAAACUGCGAGUACAGAAAGUUUAGCGACAUCGUCAAGUGAAGAUAGAGUCAACAAUAUGUACAAAAAACUUGAUGUUUUGAAUAAAGUUGGGAAAAAGCCGCGAACACCAUACGAUCAAAGAUUAGAUGUCCUGCGUCAAUUAGCAUGGCUGUUGGAGAAACGACCACCUAUUCAUUCACGAUUAAAUCCCACACGUCGGAAACCAGCUCAAGCGCUGGUGUCUGCUCGUUCAUCUAUGAGAUCAACUAAUACAACAACCGUCACUCCGCAUGCAGAAUCGGAGUUGACAAUCACUUCGAAAGCUUCGCCCCAAUUAUUCUCAAGUUCGAAUGAAAAUUCAAAUCAAGUACAUUCGUUACCUAUCAACUCACAUCGUCCUCAUUCACCUUCAUCUUCACAGGCGUUAACAUCUUAUGUUGAUCCUCUGACUCAAAGUUAUUCUUCUAUACGUAGUAUUCAUUCAGAUUCUAGUCUCAAUCCAUGUUUAAUCAAUACCAAAGCACCAUCUUCAAAUCCGAAUCCGGGCACAACAUCACUUAAUUCUUCUCUUCACUUGCAACGCAAUACAUCUUCGUCAACCAAUAAUCAAUCUCAGCGAAGACGAACCGGUCAGCAUCGCCGAAACUUUAGUGGCCGCGCUGCUGUCCAUCGAGAUCGUAAGAAUUCCUUUACAAAGUCGAACACAAAUAAACUUGAUGAGCAGUCAACAACUUCACAAAUCUCUCAACAACACACAGGUCCUCUAGUUCGUGACAUCAAAGCCAUUCUUGAAGAACAUUUAGCAAUGAUUAAUGAUUUACUUCUAAAACAUUCGUGCAAUGCAAGCAUACAAUAUCCUUCGCAAAAUUCGUGUAUUCGCGAUUAUCUUUACACACGUUUAAGUGAAUUAUCGUUAAGAAAUCCAAUGAAUCAACGUUGUUCGCGAGUUGAAACAAAAGCGUUUAUUGAUUCGAUAACGACGUAUAAUCUCAAUCGCUCACAUCAUUAUCAUUUCUUAAUUCAAAGUAUUCGAGAUUUAUCUAAACCUGUUCGUUUAUCAAAUGAAACUAAAGAUGAUCUUUCGACAAUUGAUGAUACCCUGCUAAAUUCUUCUCUAUCUAAUUCGAAACUAACAGAAUUCAACAAUAAUGUGGAGUCACUCAAAGAGCAUCCACUACGUUUCUUCCGUACCCUAACCGAUGAAUAUAUUCUUGAUUGUGAACAAACAGAAAAGGAUUUAACACAAAAACUAUACGAUAUUGCUGAUAAACAGUACAUUCUCUACUGUUUAAAACAUGUUGACAGUGGCCAUACGAAUGAUUUACUUUCGGUUUUUCACAGUCGACUUGAUGCGAUGUUUGUCUGGUACAAUCUUUAUUAUGAAUUAACGAUAUCAGUGAAGAAACUAAGUGGUUUAUUACGUUGUGAUGAUUGUGACGAUUGGCCAAAGCUACACUUUCGUUCGUUGGCAACCGAACGUGAACGAAAGGCGAAGAGAGCCGAUGAAAGCGAUUACUAUACGACAAGUGAAGACGACAGUACUGAUGACGAGGCAGAUGUAAAAACAACUGAAGAAAGUGACAUAGAUAAUGAAUCUGAACAGAUGGAAAGUGGAAUUGGAAAGACCGAGAGCGGAGAUGAAAUUGAUGCGAUGCCAAAAAAUAUUUGGCCAGACGAUGCGUACGAUCAAUUUUCAAGUCUUAAAAUAUCGGACGAUUCACAACAGACGAAUACGAAUCCGACUCCACAGAAAAUCGAUCGAACCAAAUGCUAUCGAAAUUUUGUUUAUUACAUGGACAAACGCUCGUACCAAGUAAAAUAUGAUGGUUUAGCUCGUACACUAAUUGAACGCGUGGCACCUGUAUUAGUUAAAACCCGUUUAGCACUAUUACAAACAAGUAACCGACGUGAUAUCAAAGUCGAACAAGUUCUUGCCGGUUUAUCUCUAUGUGAUUUUCAAUCAACCGAUAAGAAUCAAGCGAGUUCCACAGCUAAUACAAAUAAUGAUGAUAUUGAUGAUAAACUAGUCGACACAGACAACCCAGUGAAAGACGAUACGACAGCGAACUUAAACAUUGGCGAAUUAACGAUUGAGAAAUGGUUACAUCGUGUUUUAGAAUCGUGUUCAACUAUAAAAACAAUUUGUUCACACACUGAAGAUAUAUUAAAGCAUAAUUGGCUGGAAAUACAUGAACAAUUAGGUUUACCGUCACUAUUACCAUUGUAUUUCUUCAUUGUCAACGUUCUACUCGAUGUUAUGAAUGAAUGUCUGAGUCUUUACAUGAAACCAUAUAUGAAUAAUGAUAUCAUUGAAAUAGAUGCACUUUGUCGUCAACAACUUGUUCGAGAAGCGAAAUUGGUACUAAGGGAUGCAUUGGCUACUCGUUUGUAUAGCGUUCGUAUGAUGGAACAAUUUAUUUCUAAUCGUCAGAUAGCUGAUGAAUUAGCAGAUUUUGACGAGAAAAUUGUGAAUCUAUACAUGCAUUACAAACAAUUUUUAAGUACUGUUUCUAUCAAUCGAACGUAUGAUAUUCAUGAUGAUACUAAUCCGAUAGCAAUCAACGAAACAGAUCGGGAAUUGUACUAUUACGUUGAUGAGGAGACAUCUGAACUGAUCAAAGAAUAUUAUUUUGCACGAGAUUUAACAUUAACCUUAGGCAAUCGAGAGCUUAUUCAUGCUCUUGGUUCUCAAUUUAAUGAUCUGGUCCGAGGAAUCUUAGCACAAUUAAAAGAAGAAUUGAAUGAAACAACAGAAAAUUAUUACCAAGUAUUUGCAGCUGAUACAACAAACGCAUCAAGUGCAAGUGAUGGAAUUUAUUCCGCGGACGUCAUGUCAGAAUCGACAAAACCACCGUAUUUUCAUUCAUCAACGAGUGUCCCACCGGAUUUUUCUUUAAGCGAAUUGUCCAUCUGUGAUGCAUCAGCAUCGCUUUCUGAGCAGAAAAAAUGUGAAAUCAUAUUUAGUACAAGAGAAUUUCGUCGAAGUUUUGAUAAAAUAAAACAACGAACCAUACGCAUAUGCUCAUUAGCUAAAACUCUGAUCAAUGAUUUCUCAAUCGCAGCAGAAUUCAAAUGCUAUAAUUAUGUUGAUCUCUGGCAUGAUCUGAAGAGAAACGAUUAUUCACAAGUCAAACUUCAUUUAGAUUCUAGCAAUUCCAAUGACUUCGAUAGUUUCUAUCUAUUCGUUCCUCCCUGGUUAUCAAACGAUAAGAAUCAAGUGGAGAAACUCCUCAAUAUUAUCUGCAGUCAACAAUUUUCAACAGAUGAGAUGAAAGCAUCAAAUUCGAACCCGAAUCCGGCAUUUAUGAUCUUCGUACCGAAACGAAAUCAACAUUUACAAAACAUCUCCUGGACCGGUAAUGUUAUAUUCAUUCGCGCAAGUGAAAGUACACAGUUAGCAUUGAAUUCAACUGAACUGCCAUGUUUGCAUUUGGUCGUGACACGAUCCGAUCAUUGGAAACAAGCAACGGAUCUAUUUCAAUAUCAUACGGGAUCAACGAAUAACAAUAUUCAGUUGGUUAAGAAAUUAGCACGAGAUGAAGAUAUUCGUUUGACAUUUGAUCAAUUACCUGAACAGAUCGAUCGAUUAAGCAACCAAUUGACAGAACUCGUACGAACAUUGAACACAAUUUGGGAUCAGGAUUCAAUCAAAAUCUUUCUCAUGGACAUCGUCAAAUUUGAUGAACGACAACUGCGUACCAUCGAAUCGAAAUUACUCGAUCUGGUUCUCUACGUUUACAAUUCGGGCUUUGAGUUGUUUCGCCUUCUGUACGAACUGUUACCACCAAUAUCGGUCAAUGAUGAUAAAAUCUUAAAGAAAUUUGUGAGCACUAUGAACGAAUUCUUCUGUGAAUGGUGUAAAUGUGUAACAAAGAAGUUCAAAUAUGCAUCUAUUCAACAAGCACGAACAGCAAAGUACAAAGUUUUGAGACCCAGAUGGUUUUCACCCGGAAUGGUAUUUUUGGGAUUUCUCGCCAAACCACCACACUUACAAUUGUUAACCGAGUAUGAAUAUUCGAAUUUAAUGACGGAAAUGCCCGUAGCGUUGAAGGCUCUACGUGGAAGUACGUUGAAUAACCACGAUUCACCAGUCAUUAAAGCACGUUCAAACAGUGUUUCAUCAACACCGACGAUGUCAGGUCGUCCACGCAAUCGAUCGAGUGCGAGUGGACAUCGACGUUUUGAUAGUGGUGGUGGUACCAAUGAACUCUUACCGUUUAUUUCUAUAACUCCUCUGGAACGCAUUCAGAAUAGUAUUAAAGCUCGCGAGAACGAACUCGAACAAAAACUUCGCGAACGAAAGCAGAUCGGUCAAAUUUUCAAUAGUAAUAGUAACAAUACUGCAACAUCGAGUUCGACAUUAGAUCCAGGUAUAUCCUUGAAAACUCGUAAUAUUGCUUUUCCGUGGCGGCGUGGUACGCGAAUUGGACAAGGUGGUGCAGGUGUAGCAUUUCGUGCAAUCAAUAGUUCAAAUGGCUCCAUUGUUUGUAUGAAAGAAAUUCAACUAUCAUCGAUCGCUUCGCGUUCAUUACCAAGCACAUAUCCCGAGAAAUUGCGACGCAUAGCUGAAGAAAUCGACAUGAUUAUGUCGAUAAAUCAUCCAAAUAUUGUUCGAUACUUCGGUAUAGAAAAAUAUAAGAGAACGAUCUAUAUCUGUAUGGAAUAUUGUCUAUCGACAGUGAAUGAGUUUUUAAAUGAUAUUCGAGCAUUUCAACAUCGUGCUCACAGCCGAAAAUCGAUCAGUGGUCUCUGGACAGAUUCAAGUGAUCAAGAUGAUGAAAUCAACACCGACAAUAUUCAUGUAGCACCUUCUUUGAACGUUUAUGAACUUGUCCGAGGCUUUGUUAAACAACUUUUACAAGCAUUACUUGCUCUGCAUGAACAUUGUAUCGUGCAUUGUGAUGUUAAAGGUGAUAAUAUAUUUAUUGCGAAUGAAAACGGACAUUACAUUGUUAAAUUGGGCGAUUUCAAUUUAUCUCAUCGAUUAGAAUUAGAAUCACCAUCGGGAAAUGUAAGUGAUUCUCGGAGUACACAAUUCGGAACACUGUAUUUCAAACCACCCGAACCGGAAUAUGUCUAUCAGUCUGAUAUCUGGGCACUUGGUUGUACGGUAAUCGAAAUGCUUACUGGCAAACAUCCUUGGGCUAACGUUGUUCGUCCACAAGAGGAACGCCUUUACAUUCAAAAUCAAUUGCUAGCUAAAAAAGGUCCACCGAUCCCUGAUGAACUCAAAGAACAUCAUGAGGCAUACGAUUUCAUUGGAUUAUGUUUGAUACCUGAUCUAAAUGAACGGCCCUUAGCUAAAGCGUUACUUGAUCAUCCAUAUCCUCGAGUUCGAACAGAUUCUUAA